CUUCUAUUGUCAGUCGAGAUUCUUGGGACCCUCACAGUUGCUUAUGCUCUGUCAUGGAUCAUCUACGUACGAUUUCUACAUCCUCUCAGACAUAUUCCUGGUCCAUUUUGGGCCUCGAUUACCCGUCUCUGGAUGGUUUCUCGCAUUCGCCAAGGAGACAUGGAAGUUGUCCAACGAAAAUUGCAUGCACAGUACGGCCCGCUGGUCAGAAUCGCGCCUGAUGAAGUAGCUUGUGCGGACCCAGAUGCGGUUCGCAAGAUUUAUCGGACCCAAGCACCACUCGAGAAGACGCAUUUCUACCAUUGCUGGGGUACCAACGAAUUCUCAAAGUAUCCAGAUCUCUUUGUUGAUACAAACGAGAAGUCUCACAGCAAUCGAAGGCGCAUCGUCAACAAUGUGUACAGUAUGUCUACGAUCUUGACACUCGAGCCGUACAUAGACGAUUGCAGUACCCUGCUUUUGCAACGGUUGGAUGAGUUCGCAGCUUCAGACACGGUGGUGAAUCUUGGGCAAUGGUUGCACUGGUAUGCUUUCGAUGUCAUUGGAGAGUUGUUCUUCGGAAGAGCUUUCGGAUUCAUGGCGGAAGGCAAGGACUAUCAGUCAUACAUCGAAUCUUUAGAUGCACUAGUCCCUGUGUUGUGUCAAGCUGCGGUCGCCUCCUCCACUGGUCAACGCAUCAUUCUCGGAACCGCUGCGAUCAACCCAGCGACUCGGAAAGCGGUCGCAGCCAUCAAGCAUAUCGAAAAUGCAGCUCGCCAAAGCGUUGAUAGCCGAGUCGAGGAGGGAGAGACUGGUAGGCAGGAUCUACUGGGUCACCUGCUUGAUAUCAUGAGAUUAAGAGGUGACAAGGUGGACUUUGGUGUGGGCGAAGUGAAGUUGCAGGCUUUCAGNUUUGCUGGUGCUGACACAACCGCAAUCGGCCUACGUGCCGUCUUAUACUACCUACUCAAGCACCCUGAUAUCAUGGAAGAGCUGCGCACCGAAGUAGACACUGCUCCGAGAGAGGGUCGCCUUUCCGAUCCUCCACGUUUUGCCGAAGCUUCCAAGCUCCCAUUCCUCACCUCUACGAUCAAAGAAGCCAUGCGUCUUCACCCAAGUGUUGGGCUGACCAUGCCUCGUAUUGUUAGCGACUCAGGUCUUGAAAUCGCUGGAACAGUAAUUCCCGCAGGCUGGAAGAUCGGCAUGAAUGCUGCAGUUGUAGGGCGAAGCCAAGCUAUAUAUGGAGCAGAUGCCGAUGAGUUUCGUCCUCAACGAUGGUUAGAAAGUGGUGGCGAGACUUUGGACAGAUACAGUCUGGUGUUCGGCGGUGGCACCAGAACUUGCAUUGGCAAGAACAUUUCCUUGAGUGAGAUCCAUAAGGUUGUACCUUUGAUUGUGCAAAGGUACGACAUCAAGCUCAAGCAUCCAGACAGAGUCUGGGCGACCAAGAACGCUUGGUUCAACAAGCAAGAAGGUCUCGAUGUUCUGAUUCAAAGAAGGAGAUCUGAUUGGUAG